AUGCCUAAACUUAAAAAGCAAAAAGCACAUUUAAAUAAACUUGCUUUAGACAAAAAAAAUAAUAGCUCAUUUGGUAAUGAAAAUCAAUUGGAAACUAAUUUAGGACAGUUUUCACAUGAAGAGUCUGAAGAAAGUUGGUUUGAAGGAGGAAUAGAUAGAGAAUUAGACGAAAAUUCUGUAAAAUAUAUUGAUAUCCUUAAUGAAUCCAUGAAAAAUUACACUUCAUCAUCAAGAUCUUUGCGUUAUAUAGGUAAUUCUUCCAGAACUUAUUGCCGGAAACAAAGUGAGGCUAAGAAAAAUGCUGAAAAAAAUGGUCAAUUAAUAAUUGCAUUUUUUGAAAAAAGUGAAGCAGAUGUUAGUAGUGGAAAUGAAAGUUCUGAGGAACUCAUUGAAAAUAAUGAUAAAGAAAUGACAGAAGUUGCAAUUAGUGACUUAGAGAAGCAGCUUAAAAAUAAUGAUUUUAGUAAUGGAUAUAAAUUACGACUUACAGCUGUGCUUCAAUAUUUAAAAUUAAUUAAAUUAGAAUGGGCACAAAUUGUUAAAGGAGGAGAUUCUAUUCCAUUUUCCAAUCAUGGUUUGCAUAGAAAAACAUCAAGUUUACUAGAUGAUGAAGACAUUAAAUUAAGAAUAAUCAAAUUUUUAAAUGAAAAAAAAAUUUAA